CGUGAACGCUUUCAGCGGUCGGUACGUUUCAACGUAAGGUACGUCCUCACUGGUGACGUAACGCUACGUAAAUUCCAAAGGACAGGAAGUGUGAUGUGGCUUUGAUUGCUAUCAAAAAUGUCAGCCAUUUUCAACUUCCAGUCGCUACUGACCGUGAUUCUCCUGCUGAUCUGUACCUGCGCCUACAUCCGGUCGCUGGCUCCCAGCCUGCUGGACAAGAACAAAACUGGACUCUUAGGAAUUUUCUGGAAAUGUGCCAGAAUAGGUGAGCGGAAGAGUCCCUGGGUGGCUUGCUGCUGCGUCGUCAUGGCUUUCAGUAUAUUGUUUUUACAAUAGCACAGCUAGCACAGCGUCCUCUACGGCGGCAGAAGAAGGAACAUUGAAGACGUGGACAGGAAAUGAGGCAUGGACUGUUUGAUCCUGGAAGGGACCCCCCAAUGGCUGUCACUUAGAUAAUGCGUUUAAAAACUACAUAAAACAAAAAAAAGAUGAACCGUAAUUUUAACAUGUUGGAACCACAGAGACACAAAAUAUGUCUGCGUGACAGAACAGGAGUGCGCUGAUAGCCCCGGUCUGUGUAAUCCUCCCCGUAGAGCUCCAGAUCUGGGUCUGUUUGUCUGAAAUGUUUACUACUCCUGAUCCGUGUGCAUUUGAGGAGAGUUGGGAAUCAGGAGGACCACUGCUUCUAUUAUCAACUGUUGGUGGUAACAGUCGGUCCAUAGCUUUGACCAUACAUUCGCAGAUUUAUAUUAGUUUAUAAUCGCAACAAACUGAAGUUUGGCACAAAAAAGGAGUCCAUAUAAUGUCCAUACAUCCGAGAGCUUGACACGAUCGUCCUGUUUGUUAUGUCUAAAGAUGUAGAUCACAUUCAACACCAAACAGUUUGCUAAUAUAGCUCUUUAGACGGCAAGUUUCUCCUUGUCUCUAAAAGCUACUGUCAUUUUUUUUAAUCGCUCAGACUGCAGCUAUUUAUUAAAAGCCCUUUUUUUGGUUUUUGGUUUGUUUGUUUAUUCCUUGUUUUUGCCCUGGUCUUUCUGUUGAUAUUCUGAUUGUGGUCAUUGUAAUGUCAUAAACUAUAGUGUCAAGAAUACGCCAGACAA